CUGUCGCUUCAACAACAGACAACCAAGAGAAUCACUUCACUUCAUCUUUGAAGAUGGCGCACUUUUGAAGGCUUGAAGACAUCUACACACAGCAGCUAAAACUGCCCUGAACGUCACAGGCAUCACACCUUCCCUGCAAGGUGAAAGGAAGUUGGCGAACAGUGCUGCUUAGAGACGCCAUAACAGACUACCGUCACUCCUUACAGGACCUUCCCAGGGAUGUUAAAAUGCCAAAAUUUCAGUUUUCAAAGAUUCGUCUCCAUAAAUUUAAGGAUCUAAUGAAAAAUGUGAAGCAAUCCAGAAGAAGUGAUAUUGUUCUUAGUCGAAGUGGGCGUAAGAAGGACAUCCAGUGCCUCAUGGGACCAAGAAUAAAUGAUGCGACAUAUUCUUCAAAACCCAGUUGGCAGACUGAUCAUAAACUUCAACCGACUCUGGAAAAAAUGCUACAUGAUAAAAAGUAUUUAGCAGCAUUCCGCAGCUUCCUGAAGUCCGAGUUCAGUGAAGAAAACCUUGAGUUCUGGCUCGCAUGUGAAGACUUUAAGUCCACUGCUUCACCGGAAGACCUUCACUUGAAAGCAGAGGGGAUCUACCAGGAGUUCAUGCAGCCUCUGGCCUCCAGAGAGAUCAAUGUUGAUCACCACAUUAAGGAGAAGAUCAAGAAGUCUUUGGAGAAGCCGAGCCUCUCGUGCUUCGAUGAGGCCCAGAAGCACGUUUACCUGCUGAUGGAAAGAGACUCUUGCCCCAGAUUCCUGCACUCAGAUGCCUACCUGAGUCUAAAGUACAAAUCCAGGACUCGUUGGUACAUUUAGCUCAGAACACAGUACCUUCUUUUAAGGGCUGAGAAUCUCUUUGUUAUGAGAAGAAAUGUUCGACCAUAAUGCAACACUGAUCUCCUAUAUGAUGGUAAGAUGAUGUUUUGAUGAAAUGUUGUGGAAAAAAAUAAAGCAGGAAAAUAGAAAAGUGAUGUGAUUGAGGAACAAAUGUGUACAGUAUGUACGUAGGGAGGAAAAGAAUGCCGUUGGUGAGGAGUUGUUUGAAAUAACGUAUGUGUUGAAGAAGUUAAGGUGCAGAAUUCAGUAUGAUGAAUGCUAAAUAAAUGGUUUUCUGUCAAAGAAUAAAAAUGA